AUGUCUAUAUCCCCCGACAUCGAGGCAAAAGCCGACCACGUGUUGCAGCAUUCAAAGGAACUUCGUCUGUCCAUUGCGAGCGCUGAGAGAGCAGACACUGAGAGAGCGGACAUUGAGAGAGCGGACAUUGAGAGACCGGGCAUUGAACAAUGGCGUAACCCCAAAAAAUUUUACGAAUGGCUAGGGCUAUUACCUGAGCAGGAACGCUUGCCAGUAUUGGAUGACCGAAUCAUGCAGGUGAAAUCGACUCACGGUCAAUAUCAUCCUUCCGCACUGUUCCUAGACUUUCUGCGUCUUGCAUGGGAUCCUAAAAAAGAGGUCAAUUACAGAUUCCAACUUUGUCAGCUUAUCCUUUUCCGCAUCGAAAAACACGACAAUGGAAAACGCAACGGUAGAGAACCCAACAACCUUGUGCAGUUCGCUCGCUUUGGAUGCAUACUGGAGCUCUGCAAGCUUCACCUCUACGCACGCCGGGGAGAGGUUGCCAUGCAGGCCGCCGACAGGCUGGAACAAAUCGCCAGAAACGAUCAUGACAUGCUUUGUGCGUUUUGGCUGCAAGGCGCCGCGCACAACGUCCAAAAGCAAUUCGAAUCUGCGUUGAAGGUGUCUUUGAAGUGUAUGAGUCUUCUGCACGAGAAAUGCAAUGACUGCAUAGAACAGGGUAUCCAGGUUAUUUUGGUCAUUGCUGCUGCUUUCAGACGUGUGCAGAACUUUAAAACAGCUAAGAACUGGCGGGCGGAAGGUCUUUCAUGGCGGCGACUCCGAAGCAGCGCCGUGAAGAAGUACAUCGAGACCACAACUGAGCUGCUUGAAAACACAGAAGAUGCGGAGCACGAUGACACCGCAGAGACAUCUCCCGAACUUUGCAAGUUUGGGGAAGAAAUUAUAUAG